UCUCAAUGACUGAUUUUCAAGAGAAAAUCCAGACAGGUCACCGGCCUUUCCAAUGUCGAUACUGCCCCUACAGUGCCUCUCAGAAGGGAAAUCUGAAGACCCACGUUCUUUGUGUCCAUCGCAUGCCUUUUGACAACAGCCAGUAUCCAGACCGCAGGUUCAAGCGCUCCAGAGUUGACUCCGAGACUUCUGGGAAUUUAGAGGAACCUGCAGCUGUCAAACCUGGGAGCUCAGCAGAGUUAACGGAGGAGGGCAGAGAGGCCCAGGAGUAA